AAUUUUCUCAUUCGUUCCAUUAAUUUAAUUCUCUCGAUGUUGUUUGUAUUUUAAUCUUCUACCAUGUUGAUCACCGAAUAUCGUAUUCCACUUCCACUAUCGGUUGACGAAUACCGAGUGGCUCAGCUCUACAUGAUUGCUAAAAAAUCAGCUGAAGAAACAAGUGGAGCCGGAAGUGGAGUUGAGAUUCUGGUAAAUGAGCCUUAUGUUGAUGGUCCAGGAGGCCAAGGUCAAUAUACUCACAAAAUUUAUCACAUUGGUCAACAUCUUCCGGGUUGGCUAAAAGCUUUGGUACCCAAAUCAGCUGUAGUCGAGGAGGAGGCUUGGAAUGCUUAUCCUUUCACCAAGACCCGUUAUACUUGUCCGUUCAUGGAAAAAUUUUCCAUCGACAUUGAGACAAGAUACUUUGACGAUCCAGGUCACCAAGAAAAUGUUUUCAAUCUCCCAAGUUCUGAUUUAAAGUCUCGAGUAGUUGAUUUAAUUGAUAUUGUACAAGAUCAAUUGUUAUCCAAUGAAUACAAAGAGGAAGAAGAUCCAACCAUUUUUGUUUCGCAGAAAACUGGCCGAGGCCCGUUAACCGAAGAUUGGAUUGAAGAUCAUUGGGAGGCCAUGAAAAAAGGACCGACCACUUCGAUCUCAGAUAAACGUAUAAUGUGCGCUUAUAAGUUGGUUCGUGUCGAAUUUAAAUAUUGGGGAAUGCAGAGUAAAAUUGAGAAAUACAUUCACGAAGCUCCUCUUCGUAAAACUAUGUUACGAGCUCAUCGUCAAGCUUGGGCUUGGCAAGAUGAAUGGUUUGGUUUAACUAUGGAUGAUAUUAGACGUUUAGAACGAGAAAUUCAGGAACAAUUAGCACGGAAAAUGGCGGCAAUAAAUGAUCCCAAUAGUUGUAAAGACAAUCAAGGCUCAAUCGAAUCAGGUUCCAAUAAUGUCAAUACCUCAAACACUGGUAACAAUAGCAAUUCAAGUAAUAGCAAUACCAUGGAAACUAGUCAUUCAUCACAAGAAGUUAAUUUAGAUGUGAUUGAUAAGGAUAAAGAUGAUGAGAUUAAAAAGUUAUCCAUUGAAAUCCCUCGCAAUAAAAGUCCAUCACCAAUCAGUCAACAACAACAAUCUAAAUCAAAAGAUCAAAUUUCCGAACAACAUUAUCAAGACUCACAAAGGAAACUUUCAUUGCGUAAAAGCUCACGAACGGGAAUUCACUCUCCAGGUGAAUUGUCUAAUCAAAGUUUUGAUGUACAAAUAGCUAAUUGGAGGAUGGGAAGUAUUGCCAAUGAAGAAGGAGAAUCAAGUUCCAAUGAAGAGUUUUAUGAUGCUCAAGAAAUGCUUGAAAGAGAAUCAUUAUCAAAAUGGAGUUCAUUGGAAUUCUCACCUCCAGACGAUCCAAAUGAAUCGGGAACAAUGAUCAAAGAUCAUCAAGAUGCAUCAGGAACUGAGGACAGUAUAUUUUCAAGCUCAUUUAUCCAUAAAACUCAACUUGAACAUUCCCGUAAACAUAUUUCCAGUAUUAUGACUUGUGGUUCAAUGGACCAUUCAACACCCACCUCACCCACCGCAUCACCUAGUCAUCAUAUUCACCAUCAUCAUCCAUUAACAUCAACUUCAUCUAUUCACUCUCAUCAUCAUCAUCAUCAACAUACCACCUCUCAUACUGUUGUCAAUACUUCAUCAACCAGUUUCUUGAUUAUCGUUAUUCAUGGUGGCAAUAUCCUUGAAUCAGGGGCUGAACCGAUUUCAUCUAAAACUGAUUUCACCACUUUUCGUGGAGCAUUUGAAUCAGUUAUCAGAUCACAUUAUCCUUCAUUAACGGGAAAGAUCGCAUUUCGUUUAGUAAUUGCUCCGGCAGUUUGUGCUGACGCACUCGCUGUACUUUCAAGUUUAAGUCCUUACAGCUUUCAAUCAUCGCCUUCGGCUAUUGAUGGUAUUUGUCAUUCCUAUGAAGCGGUUCCCUUUGGUUCGUUGCCAUUGUUUGCCAUUUCCUCUCAAGAAUAUCAAGAAAAUGUAUCAAAAGUUAUUAAUUCUGCAAACUCAGUAUAUCAAGAGUUUCUCAAAUCAGAGGAGGGUAUCGGUUUUGGAGGUAUUAUCUUAAUAGGUGAUUCUAUUGGCUCUGUGAUAGGUUUCGAUGCUCUUUGUCGUUCAUCUCUUAACAAUAAUGCGACCUGUUCCUUUAAUGGAAGUGAUAAUUCAAUUGCAGACUGUGGCGGAGAAAAUAAUUCAACCACUUCAGGUGGACCAAGUAGACCUAAAUCAACAUCUCCGGCAAACUUGGCACUUCGUCAAAAUCCACUUAUAUCUAUUUCCGAUGGAUCUGGUCUAGAGGAUUGUGAUGAUUCAAAUAACGCUAUUAAAUGUGAUUCAUGUCGACCAGCAUCAUCAUCAUCAACAUCAGCACCUCCUCCAUCUCCCCUCUCUCCAUCUUCUACUACCUUUACAACUCCUGUUACAACAACAAACACUCAUACCACGGGAGUAACAACAACCAAUCGUAGAGGAAAAAUGUUCAAAAAUCGAUCCCAAGAUUCAUUUAAUAACAACCAUGAAGAUAAUGUUCAUCUCUAUCUUAAACUACUUUCAGCUCCUGAAUCUCGUCGUCGAAGCUCAGGCGAUUCAAGUGAUCAAAGUUACUCCCAUAAAUUUGAAUUUGAUGUUAGUGAUUUUUUCAUGUUCGGCUCACCUUUAAGUUUGGUUUUAACUUUUCGUAAAAUGCUUUAUCUUGAAGACAAAAAUUCUAUGUUUGCCAAACCGAAUUGUACACAAUUGUAUAAUCUAUUUCAUCCCAUGGAUCCAACAGUCCUCAGAAUCGAGCCCCUUUUAAGUGCUCGUUUCUCUCACAUUCCCCCAAUCAACGUUCCAAAGUAUUCGAAAUUCCCGUUAGGAGAUGGACAGAAUGUUUUCUUAAGUGAUUGUAUUAACCACAAUGCCCAUGUUUUUACAAAUUCAUCGUUGACCAUUGGGCAGCAUUCUUCAUACCCUCGUCGUGUUAGUGACAUUAGUGUUGCUUCCGACGGUUUCAAUGACAUACUUACUACACCAUUAGUACAACAAAUUAACCAAAAAUGGUGGGGAAAUAAAAGGCUGGACUAUGCGCUUUAUUGUCCAGAAGGAUUGACAAAUUUUCCAAUCCAUUCAUUACCUUACCUUUUUCAUGCAAGUUUCUGGGAGUCUAAUGAUGCUAUUGCAUUUAUUUUACGACAGCUUGUUCGGACUGAUUUACUUCCUCUAAGUGAACCAGAAAAAGAGUUUGCUCCGUUUGUACCAAAUCAAGGGAAAGAAAAAUGGAUUCGUAAACGAACCUCAAUCAAAAUUAAAAAUAUUACAGCUAAUCAUCGAGCUAAUGAUGUGAUUGUUAAAGAAGGUGCUGGUCAAAUCAUCGCCGCUCGUUUCAUGUACGGACCUUUAGAUGUAGUCACUCUUACUGGAGAAAAAGUUGACAUUCAUAUGAUGAAAGACUUGACCCUUGGUGAAUGGACUUAUCUAAGUACAGAGACAACUGAUAAAACAGGUCGAAUAUGUUAUAGUAUUCCAAUGGAAAAAGCUUUAGGAUUUGGAAUCUACCCUUUUAAAUUAAUUGUUCGUGGCGAUCAUACAUCUAUCGAUUUCUUUCUCGCUGUGGUUCCACCUAAAACGGAAGUUGUCGUUUUCAGUAUCGAUGGUUCGUUUACGGCAAGUGUAUCGGUCACUGGAAGAGAUCCUAAAGUUCGCGCUGGAGCGGUUGAUGUUGUCCGUCAUUGGCAAGAACUCGGCUACUUAAUCAUCUAUAUAACUGGUCGACCUGAUAUGCAACAGCAAAGAGUUAUUUCUUGGUUAUCACAACAUAAUUUCCCCUUUGGUUUAGUGUCAUUUGCUGAUCGUCUUUCAACUGAUCCUCUCAAACAUAAAGCAGAAUAUCUUAAGAAUCUUCAACAAGAGAGUGAGGUUGUUAUUCAUGCUGCUUAUGGUUCAUCCAAAGAUAUUUGGGUUUAUCAACAAAUCGGUUUGAGACAAGAUCAGAUUUAUAUUGUUGGUAAAGUUUCAAAAAAAUACCAAACCAAUGCCAGGAUUCUUAGUGAAGGUUAUGCUGCCCAUUUAGCUGAGCUUGUUGUUCCUGGUGCUUGUAGACCUGCAAUUGGUAAUGCAAGGAUGGUUUUACCUCGUGGAUGCUUAGGAAUGGGCACUUACCCUGGACUGGGUGGAAUUCGUUCUCGUAAAUCAGCAAAGAAAACAUCUUCUUAUCCUCUGGUCUUUAACAGCGGCAAUAGAUGUGGCGGUCGAAAUGGAAGUGGUCAAGGUAACAGUUCGCCAGGAACAGUUUCUUCCGCUCACGAGCCAGGACCUUUUACCAGUUUUUUCGGUACUAGAGGAGGUUCUAAUAAAUCUAAAUAAAAAUAAACAUCAUUUGGAUAAAUCUCUAUAUUUGCCAACCAAUUAAUAACAAUUAAGACAUCAAUGCUAAUAACAUUAAAGAAAUAUACAAUAUACACAAUGUAUUAUUUAAGUCUUAAUUAAAGCAAUUCAGCUAAUUGUUUGUUUUCUUUUCGUAA